GCUGCUGUACGUCACCUGUGUCUCUCACUCACUCACUGCUGACUGCUUGGCCUUGGCGUCGGCGUGUGUUCGUGCGAGAGAUCGAGCGAGAUGGGUAGUGUCACGGCUGCCGUGCACUGGUGGGAGGAGUCGCAGAUGCGUGUGCUCGUCCUCGGCAGCCUGCUCGUCCAAUUCCUUCUCUUAAUCUUCUCAUUUUUGCGUAGGAUGGCCAUUCCUAGGUGGAUCAGAUUCAUCAUGUGGCUGGCAUACCUCGCCAGCGAUGCCGUGGCGAUAUACGCCCUCGCCACGCUCUUCAACCGCCACAAGAAUCAAGAUCCUGGAGGAAGCAGGAUGUUGGAGGUGGUCUGGGCGCCCGUCCUCCUGAUACACCUAGGCGGACAUGACGGCAUCACCGCCUACAACAUCGAAGACAACGAGCUGUGGAGCCGGCACCUGCUCACUGCGGUGUCUCAGGUCACGGUGGCCAUCUACGUGUUCUGCAAAUCAUGGCGAGGCGGCGACAAGAGGCUGUUGCAGGCAGCGAUCGUGCUGUUCGUCCCUGGCGUUCUCAAAUGUUUCGCCAAGCCAUGGGCUCUCAAGAGGGCGAGCAUUAAUAGCCUCGUCAGCUUAGCUGCUGCUGAGAGGACGGCAAAACGAGAUGAAGGUCAGAUGGAUCCGCUCGAGGAGUACGUGAAACAAGCAAAGGCUUUUGUCAGAGAACAAAAGGAGGAUGAAGGUCAGAUGCAGCAAGAAGCAAGAAAGGCUUCGGUUCAGGAAGGCGAUCAUUCUCCAUCACAAGGCAGCUGGAUUACUAAUCUGACCCGACAUCUGACCCGAUGCCUUCACAGAAUAAGACAAAAGAUCAGAGAACAAAGGGAGUAUGAAGGUCGGAUGCAGCAAGAAGCAAGGGUUUUUGUUCAGGAAGGUGAUCAUUCUCCAUCACAAGGCAGCUGGAUUACUAAUCUGACCCGACACCUUCAAACAAUAAGACAAAGGAUCAGAGAACGACAAAGGAGAAGAGAUGCGCUGCACGCAAUGCAAACUGAAUGUGACGUGGAUCUGCUCGAGGAGUACGUGAAAGAAGCAAGGGCUCCUGUGGAGGACGGUGAUCACCCUCCAUAUCAGCAGCAAGGCGCCGAUAUUACCUUCUUCCAAGUACGUCGAAAUAUAAUGGCAAGAGAAAUGAUACUGCACGGUGAGGCCUAUAAGCUAUUUGUAGAUCUUUCAUCUCCGUACCCUCGUCGGCUUAGUAUCCUCAAAUAUUUCUGGGUGCUUAGCCAAGAGAGAGCAGAGCAAGCACAUCGCUCCCUGCGAAAAGGGAUCGCUAGCGCGUUCCUCCUCCUUUACACCAAGCUAAAGACUGCAGGCAUUCCAACGGGAGGUGAAAUUGAGAAUGAGAUGGGAAAAGGUAGUGACCAAGUGAAAUUCCUGUGUCGCCAAUUGAUAUCAUUGUCACGUUUGUUUCUGCCGUGGGCAGCCAUCGGUCUCUUCCACAACAGUCACAGAGAAGCUUAUAAUGAUAUUGAUGUUAAGAUCACAUAUGCCAUAUUCUGUUGUACUGCUCUGCUAGAAAAUUAUUCCAUGCUUCCAAUUGCGUGGGUGUUUCAAUAUACUAAAUCACCCAUGAGCAUAGCUACUUUGCCCGCUAGAAAAUUUUGUAGCAGUUGGGUGUUCCAACUGCUAGAAAAUUAUUCUGUCGCCGGCCUCUUCGACAGUGGCCAGUGGCCAGAUAUGGUCACCCAAUAUAGCCUCGUAGGAUACUUUGCCCGCAACAGAGAGCAUAGCUGGAUGAUGCGGAUUGUAAGUUUGUUUGGAUGCAAGGAUUUCCUCGACCAAUGCUGGUGCAUAAGGCCCUGCUUCUCAUCCAGGAGAAUUACAGAGUUGGUUCUUCAAUAUCUGAAAGAUGGAUGGAACCAGAAAAUACAAGACGCUGCCAGCUACCACAGUUUCAACUGCAACAGGGGCCACUGGGCGCUGGAGCGCAAUCAAGACCUGGACUGGAGCAUAAAGGGGCCAUUCGACGAGAGUGUCCUCAUCUGGCACAUCGCCACAGAUUUCUGCUUCUUCUUGAGCCCGUUUUCAGAUCAUAGAUGUUCCUUUGCUAAGAUCCCGUCAAUAUCAUCGAACUCAAAGUCGAAAGGGGAUACCCCUCCAGCUGAGGAGGCUAGGUCUAAAUGUGGAGAAUUGACCGCCUGCAAAGCCGUCCUAUGCAGACAGAUAUCCAACUACAUGAUGUACCUACUGUUUGUUAAUCCUGAGAUGCUAUUGCCUGGCACUAGGCGGAAUCUCUUCACAACUGCCUACAAGGAGCUCAAGGAUAUCCUCGACGACGACAAGCCGAGUCUGUUCGCAACUGCCUAUAAAGAGCUCAAGGAUAUCCUCAAGGACAACAACCAGAAUAUGCACAGAAGAGUCACAACCGCCAUUAAAGAGCUCAAUGAUAUACUCAGGGACAGCAAGCGGAACCCACUAAGCUGGAGUCAGUGGAAGCCUGCAUCAGUGAAACAGGAAGUGCUUAUGCAGAGAGUAAUCAAUACCAUGCUGGACAAUUCAGAGAAAGCAUCUGAAGAGGAGUCAAAAAGAAGUUCUGAAGAAAAACCAGAAGGAGGUUCUAAAGGAAGUUUCAUCGACGACGCCUGGGCUCUUGCCCAAGGGUUAUUGGCCUUGGGUGACGACGACAAGAUGUGGGAAGUGAUCCAGGGCGUCUGGUUGGAGAUGCUCUGCUUCUCCGCCAGCAGAUGCAGAGGCUACCUGCACGCCAAGGCUUUGGGCUCAGGCGGGGAGUUCCUCACCUAUGUCUGGCUCCUAAUGUCAUACAUGGGGAUGGAGACCUUCACGGAGAGGCUGCAGAGGGAGGAGCUUCCACCGGCUUCUGACGCCCGCCAUGGCAUGCCUUCGCCCACUUCCGAGAUCCACACUCGUGCUCGUGCGGCUCCAUCAACCUCCCAGGUCCAUCACACCAGCGCAUCUCCAUCCACGGAUGAGAUUUGCAUCGAUAUGUCUUAGCAGGUAGCACUCGUGGAGGCUAUUUCAACUGUUCGUAGUUCUUUUGUUCAGCUGCUUUCCCAUACAAGACUGUUUACUGAUUGUUGUGGACGCUUGCUUGUUGGCAUGCUUCUCCCUAGUUCUAUUGUUCUUGCUGCUCAUCACAGUAAAAGCUAUUAUAUGUAAUGGUGUAAUCUGUUUCUUGUUACAAUGCCUUCCAGAGUUCCAUCCGUGUAGUGUAAUGCUGCUAUUUUUUACUCUCCUUUUUCCGGAUUCAGUGUAAUGUUGAACUUCGAAUUGUUGAUUGCCUAAGGGCCAAUUUCAGUACUGGCUGUUUUGUUUA